AGAAAAAAUAAACGAAAGAUGGAAAAAGAAGUUGUUUCUAACCCUAACCCUCGAUUGCAAUUUACAUCUCUCUAUGUUCAUCCAUUCCACUCUUCUAUCUAAAUAAAUUGACAAAAUCACCACUCUCAAUUUCGAAUUUCCAGCAACAAUUUUCUUUUCUGAAUUUCAAGAACUACGAGAUAAAAUAAAUUCAAGGAUUGCUGGCAAAUUUAUCUUUUUCCGGCGACACCAAAAAUUUGAAGGAAUUUUGAAUUGAAGAUUGUGGGUCUUAAUUUAGUGAAUUUUGUUAGUAGUAGGAGUGUGAUUAGGCUAUGUAUGGGCGAGGGAAUUAUGCUCCCCAGUUUAGGCAAGGUCUUCAAAGACCAAUGCCACCUUAUCAGCAGCAACUAGCUGGUCAUCCUUCGGCUUCGCAUUUCCAGCCGGGGAAUGGCGUGCCUAUGCAGCCUGCAAUUCAGCAGGGUGGGCACCGGCCUCAUGGUAUUCCGCCUCAUGGUCCUGCUGCCUAUUUACAUGCUCCUCCGAGCAUGCCGCAUCAAGGUCAACCGGUUUCUACAGCGAAUACCGGUCAGCCUUACAUGCAUCCUCCGUUUACAGGACAUAACGGUCCCCCUGCUCAAGUUCCUUAUAUGGGUGCUCAACAAAACAUUGUUUCUGGAAGUCAGAAUCCUCAUCCUCCACCUUCUAUGGGUCCUCCUAGAGUUCCACCGCCACCUCCUUUUAUGCAGCUUCCACCACCCCCGCCACCACCCCCAUUAGCUGCUGGUAUUGCUCCCCAGCCACCGCCACUUCCAACUUCUUCCCCACCAGUGGCUCCACCUCCUCCAGCAUCUUGCUCUCCAUCUUCUAAAUUGUUUUCCACACCCACAAGUACAGCUGCUAGGUCACCGACACAGUUAGGGCAGGAUCCUAUUUCCGAACAAAUUUCUGUUUCUGAAUCUAGUGGUAAUACUAGUCACAAGAGUUCUGGCACGUCAGUUCCUGUGGAUGAUUUGUCAUUGAGACAAAGAGUUUUGCUGGAGUUAUCUCCUCCUCCCCCUAAGCCAGCAGACGAGAUUAUUGUUCGUAAUAUUGAAGUCUUGUGCCAGUUUAUUGCUAAGAAUGGGCCUGAAUUUGAAGAAAUGGCUCGUAAAAAAGAAUCUGGGAAUCCAGAGUUCAACUUUCUAGUUGGGGGCGAUCCAGGAAGUGAAGCUUCAUGUGCUCAUGAAUAUUUUUUGUGGAUGAAAAAGAAAUGUAGUCUUGAAAAUGAUUUGCUUAAAGGUCAAGGCCGGAGGGAUUUGUCUCAACGGCAUGUUGAUGUCGAGCCUUCUUCAGGACCUAAUUCUUUGACCAAUGUGGAAACAGCUCAUUCACCUGCAGAUUCUGAUGUAGAUAUGGAAGAUGAUAUCACGCAAUCUGAUAAAGAGCAUGGGGUUUGUAACUCAAUUCAAGUCACAGAACCAGAGCCUGUUUCAGCUGGAGAUAAAUGUGAAAUGGAGAAUGAGAAUGAUUUGCAAAAUCUGAGAGAGAACAGUUUACCCAUGCAGUCUAGUCCAUCUGUCAAGCUACAAGAUGGUGCUGGGACAAAGUCUGAAAAACCUGCUAGUCAGCCCACCAAUAUUCAUAGCCCUUUUAGACUGAUACAAAACUAUACUUCAGAUGACUCUUCAGACGAUGAUGGUGAGCCAUGUCAUGUAAAUGUCAAGGCCAUGGUAGUUUCACCUGUUGGUAAAUCUGGGGCCAUAAGUUCACAUGAUGACAAGGAGCACAGCAACAUGAACUCUAACAGCAGUAUGACAUCUGAAACAGGACUUGCUCAAUCUGUCACUGCUUGUUUGGAGAGAGUGCUGACAAAAGAUCAGGAUGAUUUGAAAGCCAUCCAAGUUAAUCUCCAGGAAACUCCAACUGAAUCUUUGCUACAAAAAGAUGAAAUUGAUGGCAGAGAUGAUAAAAUCGAAGGAUCCAAUCCAAUUGCCACUUUUGAUGGAAAAUAUGUUUCAGGAAAUAGUGGUGUCGCUUCUGUUUCAGAAUGUAAAGAUGUGGAAAAAGAAGAUAAAAAAGAUACGCCAACUGCUGUUAAAGUUGAUGAAUUUGGCAGACUAGUUAAAGCAGGUGCUAGUGAAAGCGAGCCUGAUGAUUCUCCCCACUUGAGGAGGCGUGGUAGAAGAGAUAGGAGCCGGAGCCGAUCACCAUCUGAUAGGAGGAGAAGGAGGAGUCCUCGAAGAAGUCCCCGAAGGAGGAAGGAGAGAAGAAGCCGAUCUCGGAGCCGGUCUCCAAAGAGACGGAGAAGCAGAAGCAGAUCUCCAUACAGAUCUGGAGGAGAUUUUCAUGGUGAGAUGUUGAGACGAGGCAAGGUUCAAACACGUGAAUGUUUUGAUUUCCUCAAAGGACGUUGUUAUCGAGGAGCUUCAUGUCGGUAUCUGCACCAUGAGGCAGAUAUGAAUGAAAAUUCCCGACGGUUUAAUAGUAAACAACAUCAAUUAGAUACUGUUGGAAACGUAAGUAUAGAUAAUUCUGAUUAUUAUGGUGGAAGUGUCACCUUGAAAUCUCCUCAAAAUCAUAAUGGUGAAAAGGGUGAGAAAAUGUAUCCAGAUUUGGAUAAGCAUGAUGGUUCUGAUUUCACUUCACAAACAUGCGAGGAGAGAAGCAAAGCAGAAUCCUUAGAUGAAGCUAUGCAGCCCAGUGUUUCGCAUCAAGCCGUUGAGGAAUUAGUCGUAGACGUUAAAAAAUGCGCUGGUUCGAGGAAUGUUGAUCAGGUUCCAGGUGCAUCAGAUGAACCCAUUUGUCAUCCUCCCCUUCUUGAGGAACUUCCAUCAUCUGGAAUGCCUCCAACAAAUGAACAGGUGAUCUAUCAUCCUCAAGCUGAGGGUUCUACUGUAGCACAUCUUAAACUUGACAAGGAGCCGCAAAAUAUGGACGAUUCUUCUAAUGUUGAUUCUUCCACUAUCCAAACUUCUGCAUUUUCUGUUAACGAGCCAUUGCCAGACAAGAUUUCGAUUGAGCCUACUGCUCCAACUGCUUCUGCACCAGAGCUCUCCCGUUUACCACCACCUCCCUUACCUCAACAAACAACAAAUGCUCCACGAGGUCCAGAUCUGCAGGUAGAUUACAACUUGUUGGCUCCCUCAGUUAGUUUUCCCCCUCAAUCUGCUCCUAUUGAAAGUGGUUCCUUAUAUCAAGCCCCACCACCUAAUCAGCAGUCUCAUUAUCCUGUUCCUCCAAAUCCUGCAUGGAGCACCCUGCCGCUACCGCGUCCACCACUUAUGGUUGGUUCAUCUAUGCCUGGUAAUCCCUUGCAAUUUCAGCAGGGUAAUUUUCCUUUGAGAAAUGACAUUCCAGGUCAGAUGUCUUUGAGUGCCUACUCUGGCGAGCUUCCAAGUCAUUCUCAGGUUGGUGGGUUUCCACAUCAAACAUACCACGUGCCUUCAAGCGGCAUUCCAGCUCAGCCAUUUGCAGGUCCAAAUCUUAGUAGGGAUGAUAGAUACUCUCAGUUUCCUGCUCAGGGCCUUGUACCUUCCAGCUCCUUUGUUCCUGGAAUGGCCCCUCAACCUGUGACAUAUCAAGGGGACUCAACUGUUAAGAACCCACAAUCAUUUCCUGGGGACCAUCCACUUGUGGGUGAAUCAUCUAAAUCAUCUUUCCAGAAUCAUCAGUUUACGCAGCAGAGGUUACCACCAUAUAGUCUACAGUUAACUGCUUCUGAGAGUAUGAUUUCUCAUUUUGGAGGAUCUCAACCUGUUCCUGGAUUCUCAUCUAAUUCUCUUGACAGGGCCAAUCCAUCUAGUUUUUUCGAUGUCGGAGGAUCUAGGAUUUCUACUCAUUAUAAUCCAUAUGCUUCAACGUUUGAUCAGCCGCUAAGCACCAGAUUCAGCUCCAUUGCUUAUCCACAAGAGAGAGAAGCUGCUGGUGGUAUUAAAUAUGAUAGUUCUUUUGGCUUGGGUCAUGCUCCAUUAGAUGGACAAGCAGUUGGUGAACAUGGAUCAAGGCAGAUUGUAUCCUCAUCGAAUUCCUCGAAGGCUGGGGGACAAACUCUGCAAAAAUCAGGUGGAGAUCAAUAUGACCCUUUAUUUGACAGCAUAGAUCCAUUUUCAGAAUCAUUCAAGAAGCAUGCUCAAAAGCAGGACCAUGCAGCUGAUAACUCUGAUAUCAUGUUAAAGCUCAGCAGUCGUCAGAAUGUGUUAGAUAUAGAAGAAAACAACAAGCAGAAAGUGGUUGGAGCGGUUGCUACAACUUUGUCUCUGGAGAAUGAUGAAUUUGGUGAGACAGCUGAUGCUGAAGUUGGUGCUGUUGAGAAUGUAAGUCCUAGCAAAUCCAAUGAAGAUGCGGAUAUUGCUGAUGGUGACAUUGAGAUUGAUCAAGUUAAAUCAGAAGGAAGAAGUAAGAAAAUUAAGGACUCUCGAUCAAUGAAACUGUUCAAAGUUGCAGUUGCUAAUUUUGUGAAAGAUGUUCUAAAGCCACAGUGGCGUCAGGGUAAUAUGAGCAAGGAAGUGUUCAAGACAAUUGUGAAGAAAACUGUUGAUAAAGUGUCCGGGGCUAUGAAAAAUCACCGUGUACCCAAGUCACAAGCAAAGAUAGAUCAUUAUAUUGACUCAUCACGACGGAAACUUACGCAACUAGUGGAGGGUUAUGUUACUAAAUACAAGAGUUGAUGUCAACAUCAGAUUCCUCGCUGUGGUAGCAGGCGCUGAAAUGCGAGAUCCCAGAUCAGUAUUUCUUGACAUCAGGUUUCACUUCAACAGCAUAAUACGAUCUGAAAUGCUCAUAUUUGAUGUUAUGUUUUGGCAAAGGAACUGAAUGAGGAGGAUAUUGGUUAACCAGCCUUGAGCUGAAAUCACAAAGUUUUUAAGAGGGUUCAUGAGAUUGAAUUCUUGCCAUUAGGUAAUAAGAUGUUCGAGGAGGGGUCAUGUGAGUCACUGUUCAGAAGAUUGUUUAAAAGUUCAGAAGCCUGUUAAAUAUGUAUAUGGGCUAGAUUUCAUAUAUAAGUUGGUUAGUGCAUUUCUUCUUUCCUCAAAGUUAUGAACAAUUUUCUCAGAAAGUGUUUGUAAAAUAUCUUAUUGCCCCCAAGUAUCGAUUACAUAUUGUCUCAUGCUUUCAUCGAACUUAUAGGCAUAGAAGAGUUCUAGGGAGCUACUGCACAUGGUGGAUGUAAAUGUGGAACGAAGACUUGAUUUUAUCAGAGACUGAUCCACAUCCACCUAUUACUCCCAUGUAGUGUAUGGAUUAUAUAUUAUGGUAAUGACUUUGCAGGUUGUAGGGUUUUCUAGGGAAUUGAUCUUGAAUUUUGGUUCGAGGUUCCUUUCGAUCUGAUAUUGGUACUGAAGUCAGACUUCUAUGAGACUAUUUUCUUUUAUGGGCAGGAAUGUAAGAAGGAAUUAAGAAUAGGAUAGAUGGUUUUUAGUGAUAUGAUCAUUGUUUCCUUUUUGGAAAUUAUUUACUAAAUGUACUUGUAGUUAGAGUUGAGGCCACUAUAAGAAACUACACUUUCCUGGGGCUGUUCAUUAUAUUCACCUGGGUGUAAUUGUAUACCCUCUCACAUGCUCCAUACAUGGCAUGUGAGAGGAAACUGAAUGUGAAAAGGUGUAAUUUUAGACUCGCGUGUUUAAUGGUUUUUACAAA